CAGACCAGAUACUUGAAGGCUGAACGACAACCAGCGCGACGCCGUCACCGCGAUGACGGCCCGCUGCUCAUCAUCGCAGGCCCCGGCAGCGGCAAGACCCGCGUCAUAACGCACCGCAUCGCAUAUCUCGUGCGCGUCGUCGGCAUCUCGCCAUAUCGCAUCGCCGCCGUAACAUUCACGAACAAGGCAGCCCGCGAGAUGCGUCAGCGCCUCGUCCCAUUGCUCGGGCAGGCGGCGGAGCAGCUCACUACUACUACCUUCCACGCCUUCUGCGCCAAUGUGCUGCGGCGAGAGGGUGAGCACAUCGGCCUCGACCGCGACUUCGUCAUCUAUGACGACGCCGAUCAGAUGGCACUGGUCAAGCGCGCCCUCAUCGAGCUUGAGCUUGACCCCAAGCGCUUCCCUCCGCGCUCCAUCCUCUCCGGCAUAUCAAGCGCGAAGAGCGAGCUUCUGGGCGUUGAAGGCUUGGCGCACCGCUCCGCCAGCUACUGGGAUGAGAUUGUAGUCCGCGCCUACGAACGCUACGAAGACCUGCUGCGCCAGUGCUCCGCCGUGGACUUCGACGACCUGCUCCUCAAGACCUACCAGCUCUUCGACCGCGUGCCCGACGUGGCGCAGAAGUAUCAGGAACGCUAUGUCCACUUCAUGGUUGACGAGUUCCAGGACACGAAUGUGGCGCAGUACGCCAUCUCCAGGCAGAUGGCGCGCCACCACCUGAACAUCUGCGUCGUGGGCGACCCCGAUCAGUCCAUCUACACCUGGCGCAACGCCGACAUCCGCAACAUCCUCAGCUUCCAGGACGACUACCCGAAGGCGAAACUCAUCGCCCUUGAAGAAAACUACCGCUCCACACAGACGAUCCUCGACGCCGCACGCAGCCUCAUCGCAUCCAACACGCAGCGCGUUGAGAAGGACCUCUGGACGCGCAACGGCUCCGGCGUCCCCAUCGUCAUCGCAGAGGGAUACAACGAGGAGGAGGAGGCACAGUUCGUCGUCAGAGAGAUACAAAGCCUCACGCGCAAUCAGGAGGCGGUCCUGGGCGACAUCGCGGUGAUGUACCGCGUGAACGCGCAGUCGCGCGCGCUGGAAGAGGCUUGCCUCCGCUACGGCGUGCCGUAUCAGGUCGUGGGCGGCAUGAAGUUCUACCAGCGUCAGGAGGUGAAGGACAUCAUCGCCUACCUGCGCCUCAUCGCCAACCCUGACGACGAUGUUAGCCUGAACCGCGUCAUCAACCUGCCCACGCGAGGCAUCGGCCAGCGCACCCUCGACCAUCUCGCCCGAACCGCAAGAGACGCCGGCACAUCGCAGUUCGCCGCCAUUCAGGCGCUGUCGGGCGACCCGUUCACGGCGCGAGCGCGUACUUCGCUCAUAGGCUUCGGCAAUCUCAUCAAGGGCAUCGCGGACGAGCGCGACGAACUUGACCUGCUCGACAUCAUCGACGCCGUCCUUGAACGCAGCGGCUACCAGCGCUGGCUAUCGGAUCAGCCCGAACGCAGCGAGGAACGGCUUGAGAAUAUUCAGGAGUUCCGUGCGUCCGCCCGCGACUACCUGCACUUCGGCAGAGCCGAGGCGCUCACCGCGUUCCUUGAGAGCGUCAGCCUCGUCGCCGAUGUGGACAGCAUGGAGGACAGGGCAGACGCCAUACGCUCAUCACGCUGCAUCAGGCGAAGGGCUUGGAGUUCCCCGUCGUCUUCAUGGUCGGCAUGGAAGAAGGACUGCUCCCGCACUCGCGCUCGGUGGACGACCCCACGCAAUUGGAGGAAGAGCGCCGCCUCUGCUAUGUCGGCGUUACCCGCGCCAAAGAGCGUCUGUACCUGCUGCGCGCGUUCAGGCGUGGCUUCCGUGGCGGCUCCGAGCCGGGCACACCAUCGCGUUUCCUCCUCGACAUCCCGCAGGAACUACUCACCGCGCCCGCGCAGCCCAAGCGCCCAAGCCCAAGCAGUCAGCGUUCGGCAAUCAGGCGCGGCGGUCAAGUGCAGAUACGCCCCCAGCGCCAGACAUCCGGCGCAGCGAUCGCGCAGGUCGCACCCAGUCCGUAACGCCUUCUGCUUCAGGCUGCGUUCACCCGGCGGAAUCCCAACGCGUAGAAGCGGCCGCGCCCCCAGAAUGUCCCCGGCCAGCGCCCCGUGCGUGAAGGAGCGGCAUCCGCAGGCGGGAGUGGUCAGAUGGCAGCCUCCCCGCAUCUGGCAACCGGAGACAAAGUAA